AUGUCGACAACAGAGGCAGAGAUACUAGGAGUCGAGCAGACCGCCAAAGAAGCAAUGGGUUACCGCCGACUGCUCGCCACCGAGUACCGCGCUGGCGCCUUCACCAUUGAGUACGUCGAGACAGCCAAAAUGCCAGCUGACGGCCUCACAAAGAAUCUCUCGCGGCAGAACUUCACCCCAAAAACAUCAUCGUCAUAG